AUAAAAUAAAAUAUACUGCCAAAAAAAUAGUGCCUUUUAAACGUUGUUCAUGUUUCUCUUCCAUUCUAUAGUCUCUGAACUGAACUCAAUGGCGCUUGCAGCUCUCUUAACUUCAAAAUCCUCACUCAAAGGAACCUCGGUUAUUUCACUUUCCUGCCUUCACUUAAUUCCCAUUAUACCCUCUUCUUCUUUCUCUUCCAACUGCAAACAGUAUCCUUCGCUCUCACAAUCUCCUCCAUUGCCAAAGAAAGUCCCUUUCACACUGUCUGCUCAUGGCAAAACGUGGCAAGAUCCUUACCAUUGGAUGAGAAACACCAAUGAUCCUGAUUUUAUCAGCUACCUUAACCAAGAGAAUUCCUAUGCCCAAGCUUUCAUGGCAGACACUCAGAACCUGCAGAGAACUUUGUUUGCUGAGAUGAAAAAUCGAUUGCCCACGAAAGCUUCUACUCCUCCUGAGCGUUGGGGUCCUUGGUUAUACUACCAGUACAUUCCAGAAGGGAAGCAAUACCCAGUUCUGUGCAGGAAGUUAGAGUCUGGGAAAUGUGGUUUGGUAAAGACAAUUCUCAGUUAUGGAAGUGGACAGUUUGGAAUGGAGCAAAUCUUGCUUGAUUGGAAUCAAAUUGCCGAACAAUAUGGUUAUGUGCAUGUGGGUACAUGCCGAGUUUCACCAGAUCACAACUUUCUUGCAUAUACACUUGAUGUUACUGGGACAGAGCAGUUCGUACUUCAUAUUAAGGACCUCAGAAAUGGAUCCACUGUUCCAAAAUCAGAAAUUAAUGGGGUUGUUAGUUUGGCAUGGGCUCAAGAUAGCAGCAGUUUGUUCUAUACAAUAUCGGAUGAGAAUCAACGACCUUACAGGGUUCUCUGCACAAAACUAGGAUGUGAUGAGAUAGAUGACGUCACAAUAUUUACAGAAAGUGAUUUGAGCUUUUGUGUGGAUAUAACAAACACAAAAGAUGGCAAGUUUAUAACUGUGAACUCAAAUUCAAGAACUUCAUCCGAGGAAGGAACUUACUUUUUUCAACUUAAAUGGCUUUUGGUUUAUGUGAUCGAUGCGGCCAAUCCACUUGAUGAUUUGCAAAGAGUAUACAAACGUGUUUCUGGUGUACAAUAUUUUUUGGAACAUCACUCUGGUUCUUUCUAUAUUCUUACCAAUGCUCCUUUAAGUGGACAGGCGAGUGGAAAUUAUUACUUGGCUACCUGCCAAGUUGAAGAUAUACAGUCAUGCAAGUGGCAGAAUAUCAUCCUUCCAAGUGAAGACAUGAACUUUCAGGAUAUGGACAUUUUUAAAGGGCAUUUGGUUCUAUUUCUUCAGAAGAAGGGUUUGCCUAUGAUAUGUUCCAUCAGUCUACCUAUCAAGGUCGAUCAUAAGAUUCAAAUGGGGGUUGAGGAUCUUAAUCCAUGGUUUUUCCCCCUUCCUUCAGAUCUAUGCAGCAUUGUUCCUGGGUCAAACCAUGACUUCAUGAACCCAGUAUACCGUGUGGUGUUGUCAUCUCCAGUGAUGCCUGAUGUGGCUGUGGACUAUGAUAUGUCAAAACAAGCAUUCUCGAUCAUACAUCAAGAGGAAGUAAGAGGAAUUUCUGGUGAUCAUGGAACAUGCUCGCCUACCUAUAAUAUAGAUACUCAUAAAUAUCUUGAAAUAGAGAAUGAUGAAGAAAAAAUUGGCCAAAGUACUAGAUUAACGAGAUGGAAAGACUUUUCUGAUGCAUACUGCUGUGAAAGGAAGGAAGUCAUUUCCCAUGAUGGUGUCAGGGUUCCCCUUACCAUCUUGUACUCUCAAAAGGCCUGGGAAAGGGGUCUGUCUCCUGGACUGUUACAAGGCUAUGGAGCAUAUGGAGAAGUUCUGGAUAAAAGCUGGUGCCCAGAACGCCUGAGUUUGCUUGAUCGUGGUUGGGUGGUGGCUUUCGCUGAUGUGAGGGGCGGUAGUGGUGGGGAUUCUUCAUGGCAUAAAUCAGGCAGUGGGUUGAACAAACUUAAUUCCAUAUAUGAUUUUAUAUCAUGUGGCAAUUUUCUCAUUGACGAGGGUUAUGUUCAUGGAGAUUGUCUUAGUGCAAUUGGAUUCAGUGCCGGGGGCCUUCUGGUUGGGGCAGCUAUCAAUAUGAACCCAAAUUUGUUUUGUGCUGCCAUAUUGAAGGUCCCAUUUCUUGACGUAUGCAACACGUUGUUGGAUCCGAGUUUGCCUCUUACAAUAUUGGACUAUGAAGAAUUUGGGAAUCCUCGGAUACAGUCCCAAUUUGAUUGUAUUCGAAGUUACUCUCCCUAUGAUAACAUCCGUCGCAAUGAUUGUGUUCCAUCGAUGCUUGUUACAGCAUCAUUUCUUGAUUCAAGGGUUGGCAUUUGGGAAGCUGCCAAAUGGGUGGCCAAAAUACGAGAUAGUACAUGCUUUAGUUGUUCUUCCUCGGUCAUUCUGAAGACAAAUAUGGCUGGGGGACAUUUUGGUGAAGGUGGUUACUACAGUCAAUGUGAAGAAACAGCAUAUGAUUAUGCCUUUCUUAUGAAAAUCAUAGGACAGCCAAAUGACAAAAGAAAGUAGUUAGGAUUGUUGCAGGGAGACUUUCUCAGGUCAAAAGGAAUAUUGCCGGAGUCGUUGUAGAGUGUGUUUCAUGCAAUCAACGUGUCUUGCUGAAGCUGAUAAAUAACUGGGAAAAGGGUUUCAAAACAAGCAACACUACAAUCCUGUCUUUCUAGAGAAGGCAACAAGUGUUCUUUGUAUGGUGAAUCUAUAGGGGGGUGAUACCUGGGUCUCCCCCAUCAAAUUAGAGGGCCACGUCAAGGACAAGACUCUGAUAACAUGGCAAAACCCGCAGAUGGUGGAUAUGUAAAAUUUCAGAAAUGCAUUGCUUUUACCAUUGGAAUAGAAGAGUUGAAACGCUACGAGUGAUGCUCGGAGAGAUAGUUUUAGAUGGUAGAUGAUUUUUGCUUCCUGGUAAAUGGUUCAGGGAGCAAGUAUUUCCCCUUCCAGAUUAUUAUAUUAUAUGAUGCAAAAGUCCCCAUUAACCUUGGACC